GAAGGGUCUCCUUCGCUGGCUCCGCUUCCUGUUCUUGUGUGGCGAGAGAGAUUCGAUGCCUUCUUAAAGGGACUUCUUCUUUCCUAUUUUUUUCCUUGUCAUGUGAAGUGAUUAAUCAAAAUACACACUGCUUUUCUGAAGUGCUAUGUCAAGUGACAAGAAGAGACAAAAACGGAAUCUAAAGUUUUUGUAUUUAUUGAAAGUUUGACAAGAAAAGAGAUUUGUUUCACCUGAAGAAAAUAAAGCAGAGAACACAUUUUUUAAAUAGACAUUUUCCAUUUAAGAAAAUUAUACCUGUAUACCUCGAGUACUUUGUACGUUUCUGGGGCUGAAUGAAAUCGCUACCAGAGGAUGCCAUGAGUUGACUAGAAUUACUUAGUGACCUACAGUAUGAAUGAGUUGAGUAAGAACAUUAAGAUUCCAUCGAGUUUGAAAAUAACGGACGAGACAAACGGUCGUGGGAAACACAUUUCCGAUUCGCAGACACAAUAAUGUUCGUUGUCCCCUCCGUCGACUUCUUCUUUCAACUCAGAGUGGGACACCGAUGAAGCCAAUGGCGGGCACCCGCGGGCACCUGUGGCUGUGCCCUCUCAUGGUGCUCCUGUGGACGAUGACGGCGCUGACGGGUUCCGAGAGCUUCCGCAGGACGCCCACCAUCGCCACCAAGUACGGGCAGCUCAGGGGCUUCUAUCGGGAGGUGACGUCGCGGAACCUACGCGUGGCCUGCUACCUGGGGGUGCCCUACGCCACCCCUCCCGUCGGAGCCAAUCGCUUCAGCCCUACCCGGGCCCUAUCGCAGUGGGUGGGGGUGCACGACGCCACGCAUUUCGGACCCUCGUGUCCCCAGAGGCUUCCCGACAUCUCCAACGAAACGGCCGCCCUCACCAGGAUGUCCAGGGCGCGGUACAACCGCCUGCGGAGGUAUUUUCCCGUCCUGAGGCGCCAGAAUGAGGACUGCCUGUACCUCAACAUCUACGUUCCGGAUGAAGGUAGAACGAUGAUGGCCUACCCGGUGGUGGUUUUCAUCCACGGGGAGUCCUACGAGUGGGGAUCCUCCAGCCUCUACGACGGGUCUGUGCUGGCUGCCUUGGGCAAGGUCAUCGUGGUCACCAUCAACUAUCGCCUCGGGAUUCUAGGCUUCUUCAACCCCAACGUCGACCCGGUCGGCCGAGCCACCGUCGCCAACUACGGCCUGAUGGACCAAUUAGCGGCCCUCCACUGGGUCCAAGAGAACAUCGUCCGCUUUAGCGGUGACCCGGGUCAGGUCACGGUCAUGGGUCACGGCACCGGAGCUGCGUGCCUUAACUUUCUCGUGGUAUCCCCGGCUGCUACAGGAGCAGGCCUGUUCAAGAGGGCGAUCUUGAUGUCCGGAACUGCUUUGAGCCCUUGGGCCAUCGUUCAUGAACCCGUCCACUACGCCGUAGAGACGGCCACUCAGCUGGGCUGUCAGGUUCCGGAAGAUCUGUACCACAAUUCUGAGAAGCUUCUUCACUGCUUGAGGGAUAAAUCUGUUGACCAAAUACUCCAGGUUCAAUUGGAAACACCGCAGUUCUUAGUGGCCAUAGGUCCAAGUGUGGACGGAGUGACGAUCAAACCUGAUUGGAAACAUCAGCAAAGUAAAAUGGGAAAAGAAUAUCGGACGCCUGUCGAUCUCCUCCUGGGAAUCACGACGGCAAACUACCUGGAGAUCUUCAACGAGAACGAGCUACAGCACGGGUUCGAAACGGAACACAGAGACCGACUGCUCAGGACCUUCGUCAGGAACAAUUACAGAUUCCAUAUGCAGGAAAUAAUGUUAGCCAUUUCAUCUGAGUACACUGAUUGGUCGAGAGCGGUACAGCAUCCAAUCGGCAUCAGGGACAUGACGGGAGAAGCUCUGCAUGAUGCCAGUAUUGUUUCUCCAAUGUUGGUGCUCGCCCGCCAGCUUAGCACGGCUUCGCGGACCACUUACCUCUACGUCCUGGAUCACAGAGAGGAGAACCACUACGCAGAAAGACACCAUCGUACGCUGGUGAACGAAUUGGCGUACGUCUUCGGACAUCCUUUGGGAGCCUUGGGUCCUAUCGCGUCAAACGUGAACUUCACAGUGGUGGACGUGGCCCUCUGUGAAUCCAUCAUCAACAUGUGGACAAACUUCGUGAAGUUCGGACAUCCCAAUGACCUCUCGUCUGUUGAGAUGUUUGGAGGCCACAAGGCGGGGCACAGGACGCCUGAAUGGCCGAGGUUCGAUCCCGUCCAAAGAAAGUACCUCGUGCUAGGAAGCCGGCGUCGCAUCCGAGACCACUACCGGGCAGGGCGCGUGGCCUUUUGGUCCUGGUUGGUCCCUGGUCUGGAGAGAGUUGGGUCUCGCUACGGGUCCGAAUCCACGUUCCCGAGAUUGCCCAAUCUCUCCCAAUCCGACACCUACUCCGGUCCCACCCGACCCACCAAUUUGUCGAGCAAUUUGCUUCCCCCUCCUACCCUUCCACCCCCAGCCCUCCCUAGCAAUGCGUCCUCCUCCCACCCGACGGAUUUGGAGAAGCUAGACCACGGCCAAGAGGCCGUCCUCUCCUCGGACUCCCAGGACGCGGGGCAGCUCCGGAAGGACUUCCCCUACCGAACAGCCCUCAGUGUCACUGUGGCCAUCGGGUGCUCCCUACUCAUCCUCAACCUGCUGGUCUUCGCGGCUGUCUAUUACCGCUACGACGCCAGUCGGCAGGGCUUCCUGAAGGGGAGCCAUGACACCAACAGCGACAGCGGGAAUGACGUUCAGCUGCACGCGACGGCGGCGGCCGACUCCUGCAAGACGGUGUACACGCAGGCCCAUUACGGGACCCUGCGCUCCUCGGCCACACUUCGAAGCAGCCUGGCCACCUUCAUCGAGGGGGACCCCCAGAUCGAGUGCCCCCCCGACUACAACAGCAGCUGCCAAAGCGGCGAUGAGGACGUCUCUCAGGAAUCGGGGAACAGGAAAAAGGCCCACAUCGAGGUCAUCGGCAGGACGGUCCUCCAGCCCCAGAACGGGAAUUCGGUGAGCCGGGCGGCGACGCUGGUCUUGAAGCAACCUGUUGCUUCGUAUACGUCUCCCAUCGACGGGGAACUCGUGUCCGCGAACUACUCUGAUAAUACCUCUGACAUGCAGGUCUAAGGGGGUCUGAGACUGUCACUACCAAUGGCCCGCUUAUUCCUUCCUUCCUUCUACACAGAACUUGUUUUCGCGCGCGCCAGUGCGCGUGUGUGGCCCUGGGAAACGGAAUGAAAAUGUUUCCCAAACUGUCCUUUUAAAUGUGUAUACUGUGAAACAGAACUGAGCGCAGCUCUGAAGUACAGAGUGAUAGAUUUCAGUCUUCAUCAUACCAUAAGAGACAACGUUUUGACUCAAGUGUCAGAUGAUCUGUUGUGAUGAUGAAGUGGUCGUCGUCUUCGUAUUUGCUGAUAAUGGUUCUUUAGUCAAAGCUUAGACGGAAAAGUCACUUGUGGUUUUUAAUGUUUUCAAACAGUUUACCUCCCUCCGAUACGGCCAAGGAAAAAGGACAAUUAAGGCUGAAUAAUAGGGCUGGAUGGCUUAAUGCCUACGCAUAUAUGCGUGUCAUUCAUCCCUGUAUAUAACGAAAUGGUGAAGUAUCUACGAAAUACAUACAUACAUACAUACAUACAUACAUAUAUAUGAGUUUACUAAUCUAUUACAUAUUCAUACAAUAAAAAUUCAGAUUAUAACUGCAUAGAUUAAGAGAUUUCGGCGAACAAAAAUUCUUCCAUGUCCAAAGGGAAACACAAAGGAAAAAAAUUCCGAAGCGCUAGCGAUUAUUCCACCGGCGUGGUUAAAUGAGCUUUGCGAACGAAAUAGAGGUUCAUCUCACCAAAGAAGGAUUAUCCUCAUUGAAAUAUCAAAGGGGUAUUUUCUUUUAAAAUGUUUUGCUUUCCAGGCCACAAACAGGUAUACAGCCGGAUGAAUGGAGUACACUCACGCACAGGGUCUCUCACCGGAAAAAAUAGUGAAUGAUAAUAGAUGUUCUCGUAUCAUGAAAAUGCUGAAUGAUAAUGCACAGGUCCUUUUCACCGUGGAAAAGAGUGAAUGGUAUUAUGAUCAUUACUCUCGCAAAGGGGGCAGCGUGAAUAACGUAAAUGGACGGGCCAUAUUUACCUUGCUGAAACUCUCAAUUUCAUUUUAUUAAAAUCUUUUAUGGACAAUUGAUUUGAAUUUCCUUCAGUGAUCAGUCAUAAACGAACUGAGAUUAUUUUUUUUAUCGUAUCACGUUCUGUUGCAAACGUACAUAUACCGAAUCUGAAAUGCUUAGACAACAGUUUAUUGAAUAUUUGAAUUUGAUAUUGUUUGAGGCAACAUAGACCUGUUCAUAGUCAUCCCAGUGCAUUUGCAAAAAUUUUGGGAAUAUUUCUGCUCCAAUUUUGUAUUUUUUUAAGGCUAUUGAUUUUAUUACUUUUUUUCGUUCUUUUUAGUACGAGCUCUUCAGUCAAAGUUUUACUCUUCUCGUAUUGAAGCCAAAUUGCUGUUUCUGAAAGUGAAUAGAGGCAAAUAUCUGUUAUUUGUUUGUGUCCUUUGUAUACAAUUUUAUUAAUGCUUCUAUUAGAAUAUAGAGGCUAUAGAUUCAUUCCUCCAGACGCGGUCUUAAGUAAUUAUGUUCAGCCAUUCCCAUACAACUGUACCUUUUUCUUAUUGUUUUCAAUUUUUUUUUCUUUUUUAUUGUCAUAACUCGACUACUGAAGAAUUCUGUGAACUUAGACACGGAGUAACUUCACCCACUUAAACACCUAACAAAAUCCCACCUUGUAAUUACAACUGCGCUUAGUCUUAGAAAAUUUCACCUUGUUACUUCCAUCGUAAAAGACCUCAGACCUCCUGGAAAACACGCGUGUAAUUUCUAUUACUCAAAGACCUCCAGGUAACUGCUACCCCCUAAAAUCGCCAAACCUGAUAAGAUCCAUAACCCAAACACUAAAAAAACAGACACCUUGCAACUUCCAUCGAAGAAGACCUUCAACAAACUAAACCAUGUAACAUUCAUCACUCAAAAAUCU